CGUCGCCCCAAUCCCUUCGGUCGACAUUCCAACGUGGACUUGAAAAAAAAUGGACAAAAUAUUGAAAGGUAUCCUUAAAUACAGAAAAACGUAUCGAACUGAAAUGGUGGAACAGUUUAAACAAGUUGCUGAUCGACCUGAGCCAAAAGCAGUGUUUUUUACCUGUAUGGACAGCAGAAUGCUUCCAACUCGAUUUACACAAACAGAUGUUGGUGAUAUGUUCAUAGUUAGAAAUGCUGGUAACCUGGUUCCUCACUCGAAGCUGUAUGGAAUUGAUUCAGCUACCACUGAACCAGCAGCCCUGGAGCUGGGGUGCAUUGUAAAUAAUGUGAAGCACAUGGUUGUUUGUGGACACUCAGAUUGCAAGGCUAUGAACCUAUUGUAUAGUUUUAAAAAAGGAAUUGAAACCAACAUGAGAACUCUCGAGAGAUCUCCACUUAAAGCUUGGCUUCAUCGCCAUGGUAGUAUUUCUCUAACUAAAUUUGAGAGGUUAGAAGUGCAUGGUUUCCAACAGCCCUUGACUUUCCCAAUGGAGGGACCAUUCAGACAAUUUGUUGCCUACAUAGACCCUGACAAUAAAUUUAGUCUAACAGAUAAGCUCUCACAGCUCAACACAUUGCAACAACUACAGCAUAUUGCCAGUUAUAGCUUCAUUCAAAGUGCCAUAAAUUCGGGGCGAGUACACCUUCACGCGUUAUGGUUCGACAUCUAUACCGGAGACAUCUACGUCUUUAGCCGCAAGCAAAAACGGUUUGUGGAGAUAAGCGAAGAGACAUCCGAUUAUUUGCUCGAUGAAAUACGCGAAUACUUUGUGUGACCUUAACCGACGUGCCUCGGGUUAUUAUGCUGAAGAAUAUAUGGAAAUCUAGGUAUUUUUAUAGAGAUGACGCACAUCUCCUGAAUUUAUAUGGGGAGUUCGAUUCUAAAGCUAUUUUGUAAAUAGUGAGAAGUUAACUAUAAAAUAAAUUGUUGCAUAACUU